GCCUUCUUCCCAUCUCCGCUCCGCCUCACGCGUGCGUGCGGCCUUGUUCACCGCACCAAAGCCCCUGUCCCUGUCCCUCGGCUGUGAUUUGCGCGCAGUCUCGCACAGUCGCAGGGCCAGUCUCCUCAGUCCUCUCCGCCUCCCCCGAGCCAGGCAGGAAUCCUCUAGUCCCGCGCCCAAACCCUCGGCCUCGACGAGCACCCGCGCGCGGUGGGCCAUGGACGCGGCGUCGAUGCUGGAGGUGUACCGCCGGGACCGGCGCAGGCUCCUCGGCUUCCUCCUCUCCGCCGGCGGCGGGGGCGGCCGCGCCCUCGAUCUCGCCCGCGUCGACCUCGACGCCGUCAGCGCCGACUACGCGCUCGAGUGCGUUGCCUCCGGCGCCCAUUUUAAUGCUUCGGAAGCCACGAGGAGGUACUUCGAUGAGAGGAGGUACCCUAUCAUGAUUGGGUCGCCAUCAGGGAACUCUUAUUUUCUUCUUUCGAGGCCACGGCCAUCUGAUUCCCCUCCAAAGGAAGCAGCACCUAGCAUUGGGCCACAGGCACCUGUACAAGGCAACUCAAGUUCAGCAGGACAACCAACUGAACGAAUAGAUUUCUUCAGAGAUGCUAUUAAUUCCUCAGGAAUAGGAUAUGGCUCGAAUGAUGAUAAUUUGGCCGAUAUUUCUCCUCAGCAUGUGAAGAAAGUGGAUAUUCUUUCUCUUGGUUUGCCUAGGCUAACUACAGAACUAUCUGAUGAUGAUAUGAGAGAAACAGCUUAUGAGGUCCUUCUAGCUUCUCUAUUUGUCAGUGGAAAAGUACACUUCUCUGAAGAAAAAAGAGAAAAGAAGCACAAAUUCUUGAAGGGUCGAAGAACUAAGACUGAAGGAUCAAAUCCAUCACCUCAGGUGGAAGAUGGCUAUGCCCACAUUCUUGAUUUGAUCCGAGUACAAAUGGAGAUUUCUGAAUCUAUGGACGCACUGACUAAACGAGCUUUAAGACAUAUUAGUUUGAAGACAGUGAAAGAAACACUUGAUGUGCCCCGUAUAUCACUACAGCUCUUAAGUUCUGUUGCCAAACUUGAUUUUCCAACAGAAAGAUUGCGUGGGCAAUGGCAGAAAAGACAGGCGAACGUUCUUGAAGAAUUACUUCUCUUCUCAGCAUCUCUUGAGUAUGAUAUGAGCAAGACAUUACGGAUAGUUCUCUCUAAGCUAAAAAGUACAGAGGACUGGGUUGUAAGUGUUCCUGAGGGCCGUGUCGAGGUCUUGACUAUCAUUGAAAGAUACAACGCAAAACUUUGUGCACUGACAAAGAAGUUCGACAUUAAAGAUGAGACCUACCAUUGGACCCAUAACUAUCAUUUUAAUUUUAGGCUAUAUGAGAAGUUACUUUGCAGUGUGUUUGAUAUUCUUGAAGAUGGACAACUUGUAGAGGAGGCUGAUGAGAUACUGGAAACUGCAAAGCUGACCUGGCCUAUACUGGGCAUUACUGAGAAGUUGCACCACAUCUUCUAUGCUUGGGUGCUUUUCCAGAAGUUUUGUCAAACUGGGGAGAUUCUUCUACUGAAACAUGCAAGCCUUCAGAUACAGAAACUUCAAGUGCACCACGACGUUAAAGAAAUAGAGUUAUAUACAAACAGCUUUAUUUGUUCUGUGGAUGCCUGUGGUGGCAACAGGGUUCUAAGUUUGGUUGACAGUGCCCUACUCAAAAUAAAUGAUUGGUGCCGCAGACAGCUAGACAAUUAUCAUGCAUACUUUAGUAAGAAUAACUACUCGUUCUUUGAGGCCACACUGAACUUGGUCUUGCUGUUGGCGACAAACUCCACUGAGGACAAUUUUGAAGAAAUAAGGUUCAUUGAGAGCCCAGUAGGGAGUACACCAGAGUCGAAGUUGAUCCAUUUACUCAUUGUCAGAUCCAUCCAUGCUGCAUAUAAGCAAGCCCUAAUUUCAUCAGAUGGCCGUUCAGAUUCCGAAUUUAAGCAUCCAUUGACAAUUCUUGCAAAUGAGCUAAAGGCAGUGGCAGAGAAAGAGUGCACUGACUUCAGUCCCAUACUUCACAAGUACUAUCCUGAAGCUCAAAGAGUAGCUCUAAUUUUCUUACACAUGCUGUAUGGAAAACAAUUGGAACUUUUCUUGGAAAGGACAGAUCAUUCAGAAAACUCAAAAGAGAUACUGGCAGCAUCAAAUAAUUUUGAGCUCUUUAUAGCUCAGAAGCUUUAUACAGUGUACGGGGAAGCUGUUCGGUCUUCAUUCUCCAACUAUUUAAAGCCAUACAUGGUAGGUCGCUUUUCUUCACCCCUUAUUCUCCAAUGGCUGCAUGCUCAACAUGAGAAUGUCUUGGAGUGGACAAAACGUACUAUUGAGAUAGAGGAUUGGACACCUUUAUCAGCUCACGAGAAACAAGCAAGAUCUGUGGUUGAAGUAUUCCGGAUCGUGGAGGAGACUGUUGAUCAGUUCUUUAAUGCGAGCCUGCCCCUGGAAAUUGUCCACUUGCGAAGUCUACUCAUCGGAAUCACUAGCAGUCUUGAAGUCUAUUUGCUUCACAUGGAAAAUCAACAAGUGUCUGGAUCUACCCUUCUUCCUAGUGCUCCAGUCUUGACACGUUAUGCAGAAUCAAUGAAUCCAUUUGCAAAGAGGAAACUUAUUGAGCCUACGAUUCCUGAAGAAAAGGUGGCUAUGAAGUUGAACAAUUUGACGGUGCCCAAAUUAUGUGUGAAACUCAACACUCUUCAAUUCAUCAGGGAUCAACUUGAUGCCAUAGAAGAAGGUAUCAAACAAUCCUGGGUCUCUGUCUUGUCAGCUGUCAGAUUGUUGGAUUAUUUGUCUUCUAUGGCUAGUGGAAGAGCUCUUUCAGAAAAUUUGACAUCAUCUGAUGAAUCGGUUGAUGAAUUGUUUACAAUAUUUGAUGAUGUGCGAAUGACUGCUGUGAACACAACUGAUACGAUCUUGAACUUCAUUGGAACAAGGGCUGUAUUUUGGGAUAUGCGGGACUCAUUUAUUUUCUCCUUGUAUCGAGAUAGCGUUGAAGGAGCACGCAUGCAGAUAUUUAUCCCUACAAUUGAUCAAGUUCUUGAUCAGGUAUGUGAUUUAAUUGUUGAUGUUUUAAGAGACCAAGUUGUGCUCAGAAUAUUCCAAGCUUGCAUGGAUGGACUCAUUUGGGUCCUACUGGAUGGAGGCCCAUCCCGUGCAUUUUUUGAGACAGAUGUGGACUUGAUGCAACAAGAUCUUGCUAUUCUCAAGGAUCUCUUUAUGGCAGAGGGUCAAGGUCUACCAAUGGAUAUAGUUGAAAAGGAGGCUAGACAAACUCAGCAGAUAUUGGACCUAUAUAUGCUGAAGGCUGAUACAAUUAUUGAUAUGCUGAUAAAUGCAAGUGACCAAACACCUCACAAUCCUGAAGCUACAAAUGCUCGAAGAAGACAUGUACAUGAUGCCAAUACACUUCUUCGAGUUUUGUGUCAUAAGAAGGAUAAAAUUGCCUCUACAUUCUUGAGAAUUCAGUACCAUCUUCCAAGGUCUUCAGAUUAUGAUGAUGUUCCUGUGAAGGACGUGUCAUCUAAAUUACCUAUCUUUUCAGACAUGCUGAAAAGAGGUACCUCAUUCAAUUGGUCUGAGACAGGGCAACAAAGCUUUAGAAUUAUGAAGAAGAAACUGCAAGAAGCUACUUGGCAGUACUAAGGAUGGGUCUUGCCAAGGAAACUCUGCUUGGUUUGUAGUUUUUCCUUUACAUACAACAGCGAGCUGUACUCAGUCAGCAGGGGGAAGACCACCCCAUGGCAUUGUUUGGAAGAACAAAGCUUUGCACCCUGUCACUUUGACAACCACCAGGUUGACUGGUACCAUAACCAGGGUCUAGGCAGGCGCUUUGCCACUAUUUUGUGGGUUGUCAGCGAGGGAGGUAUUUUAAAUCAGCCCUGAAAUUUUCUCCCACAGGAAGUCAAACCCAGUUGUUGGAGGGGCUACUCAGGAGUCACAAUCACUAGGCUAUGAAUCCUUUCACCAGUGAGCUGUACUAUCAAAGGAAAUCUGCACGCUCAAGAUAAGGAAACAAGACGGAAGAUUAAUGGAGCUCGGAGCUUUGGGUCUUUGUCGCUGAUUGGUUCAAACAAGAGCAGCCCCGCAUGACAGCCAAAAGCAACCAUGCGAUUGGAUGCAUGCAUGCAAAAUAACGCUUUGUUAUUAUGGUACGCUUGGUUGGACGCUGGCUUGGACCGAACACUGUGCCCAACAAAUCAUCAAAAGUCAAAAAUGGCUACGCCCUACAAAUGAUAAUGGACGGAGUAUUCACUAACUGCAUCAGGAAGCUGCAUAUUGUCAGUAUAAUUUUCCAAAGGUCCACAAUGGUGCUCAUUCUAACGGUGGUCCUGGUAGAAUUCAUGAAGUAUGCCUGCAAAGCUUCAUAUGGAGGUAGUCUAUGCUACAAAAUCACAUCCCUUCGCAUGAUUGUAAUCCCAGCAUUACACGGCCCUUGGCAACAUUUGACAUACCAACAGAUGUGUAAUUAGCACGCAAAAAAACUUCAGUUGGCAACUUGAAGUGUUUGCAGCAAUGGAGUUGUACCAGAAACUUUUGUUUUUGGCAAAAAAAAAAAAAAACAAAACAAAAACAAAGGGUUUUAGUUUCGUACCCUUGCCGUUCCGGUAGAAGGGCCGGACAGGUCCUUGCCCCCAGCAACUUGAUCAGAUUCUCUGAUGUACAGGUUUGCAGUUCUUGAGGUUCUGGUACAAUAGGCGCUAGUGUGCUACAUAUUUGGAAAUCUGAUAGACUUCACUAUUCGAAAAUAAAUCCGGAAGUAGCAUGACUAUUUAUUAUUAAGUUAUUUUUCUCUCUCUUCUCCCAAAACAACUAGAACCCGAGCAGCAUUGACUCGUGGAAACUGAACUGUUGCUACUGUUCCAAAAAGUGAAGAACCUGGAGCCAACACGAGCUUGUGCCAAAGAGGCCUGAAAUAUUUGCAGAAGCUCACUCUGUCUAUGCACAAUCAGUUGCAGUUAAAUGUUUAGGUUGGCAUUGUAGUAACUGCCGGAUGCUGUUUGUGGUUUACUGAGCUUUUAUCGGCUCGUGGAAGCCGUUGCAACUGUAGCAAAAAGAGCCGAGUUUUUUUUUUUACAGAGAAGCAUGAUUAUUUAAUUAGCAGCAGCUUUAUCGAAAGCUGAAGCCAACGCACGCUGUGCCAAAGAGGCCCGAAUGCACAAUCCGUUGCAGUUAAAUGUUUAUUUU